AUGCACAACCCAGAGUUCAGGAAUCCUUUUCGAGCUGGAAGCUUACUUGGUCGCCAAGGCCCCGCGGACCAAGCAGUAGAGGUAUGCGACGAAUCGAAAGUGGUACAGUACGUGAAUCGGGCGUAUGAAAGCGUUACUGGAUGCCUACGAGGAGAAGUCGUCGGCUGUCUAGCGAAAGCGAAAUUGGUAGUUCCGCUCAAGAAGUCCCAACCAGUCUAG